UGUCUCGAUCUUAUUACUAUGGUAGAUGAGACGUAAGAAUAUUGCGCUACAACAUUCCUUCAGGGGUUCCAGUCUCCCUUAAACACAGAGUCAAAAUUAUGUGGGAAGUCAUAAGAAAAAUAAGGAACUGGCAUUUCAAAUUCGGUACACACAGUGUGGUAGCCAAUCCACUCUGUAUAAUUAAAUAAGUUCUUUCUGUGACUAACCGGAGGAUCGGCCUAUAGAAAAUAGAAGAAAAAAACGGUUUCGGCACAAUAGUCUCAUUCAAAAUUCUCAUAACUAAUUUUUUGGAUGACUUCCUCAUCAAGGUUACUUCUUCGAUUGUGUUCUUAUUAAGAGACCCUUCAGUUACUUCAUGAUCAAGAAAGCCUUUCACAUAAGCAACGUUGCACUGUCCAAUCUCAAACAUGUGAUCCUUGAUUAUUAAGCGCAUCACGGAUCAUUUGUUUAUCCUGUUCACUGGUUAUCUUACUAUAGUUAAACGUUUUCAAACAAUAGACUUUAUUAUCUGUAUAUAAAUGCAGGUCCUUAUUCUUCUUCUCCACUACUCACUAUUAAACUUCCCUAAUGGCUUCAAUCAGCUUAUUUGAAGCAUCAAUAUCUCUUUUUUGCUUUCUCGUCUUCUGUUACUUUCUCAACAAGAAACAUUCUUGUUACUUGCGCAUCAAGAAAUCCUUCCAAAGCUACCCUUGGAACUGGCCUGUUCUUGGGAUGCUUCCAGCUGUGCUCAUGAGGCUCAGUCAGAUCGAUGAUAUCAUCUGGGUCUUAGAGAAGAACAACUUGACAUUUAUUUUCAGGGGUCCAUGGUUCACUAGAUUGCAUGGGUUGAUCACAGUUGAUCCAGCUAAUAUACAUCAUAUAUUGAGCUCAAGUUUCUCCAACUACAUCAAAGGACCGAAGUUCAAGGAGUAUUUUGAUGUUUUUGGAGACGGCAUAUUCAACGCCGACGCAGAGCUAUGGAAGAAUCUAAGAAUGUCUUCUCAGACCGUGCUCAAUCAUCAAGGUUUUCAAAACUUGUCAAUGAGUGUUACAACAAGUAAACUCAGGGACGUGCUUCUUCCUCUUUUCAGUCGCCUUUCAGAGGAUGGGACAGUCGUGGACUUGCAGGAUGUGUUCCGGAGACUCAUGUUCGAUAUAUCGCUAGUUACAAUCACCGGGUCUGAUCCUCAAUCUCUCUCCAUUGAAAUGCCAGAGGUUGAGUUCGCAAAAGCUUUCGAUGACGCUGGGGAAGCCAUUCUGUUUAGGCACAUCAUACCAAGAUUCUUGUGGGAGUUGCAAAAACGAAUGGGGUUGGGAAAGGAGAAGAAGUUGACAGAAGCGGGUUCCACUUUUGACCGGAUCUGCACGAGAUAUAUAUUUGCAAAGAGAGAAGAGAAAAGAUCAACAGAGAAUGAUCAUGAUCAUUCAAAUGGAGAAAGUGAAGAUCUCUUAACAUCUCACAUAAAGCUAGAUACAAGCAAGUACCAGCUCUUGAAUCCAAGCGAUGACAAGUUCCUUAGAGACACCAUUUUAACUUUCAUUUUCGCAGGGAGGGAUUCCACUUCCUCUGCUCUCACUUGGUUUUUUGGGCUCCUCUCAAGAAACCCUCACGUGGAAGCCAAGAUUCGCCAAGAGAUCAAUACAAAUAUACCAAUAGCUGGAACUAGUCAAGAGAGGCCAUGGUCGGCUAUCGAUGACAAAGUGUUUUUGAACAAGUUGGUAUAUCUACAUGGGGCGUUGUAUGAAACAAUGAGGCUCUAUCCACCAGUUCCAUUCGAGCGCAAGUCUCCUAUAAAAUCAGAUGUGCUUCCAAGUGGGCACAAAAUUGAUGCAAACUCUCAUGUUAUCAUCCCUAUCUAUGCGUUAGGGAGGAUGAGAUCUGUAUGGGGAGAGGACGCAUGGGAGUUCAAGCCAGAGAGAUGGAUUUCAGAGACUGGAGGGUUGAGACAUGAACCUUCUUCCAAGUUCUUAGUGUUUAACUCGGGUCCAAGAACUUGUCUGGGUAAGCAUAUAGCUAUGACUGCAAUGAAAACCGUAGUCGUGGAGAUAUUACAAAACUAUGACAUUAAGCUCGUCAAAGGACAUAAAAUUGAGCCAAAGCCUCGUCUUAUACUUCACAUGAAACAUGGGCUUAGAGUCACGCUUACUAAGAGAUGUUCAGCUUGAAAUGCUAAUGUUUGAGUUGGUCCUAAGGUACGUAUGUAUUCUCCAAAUGUUCUUGCCUAGUGGUCUCUGCAAGGAAGUUUGUGAUUUAAGUAAGUUUACUCUUAUCUUAUUUCUUAUUUUGUAUUUAUAAACGCUGAACUGUUUAUCUAUCUAUCUAUAUAUCUAUAUAUAGUUUCCCUCCUUCUUAGCCUAUCCACGUCACUUGCCAGGUAAGAAAGUCGAUGUAGGAGACGGCACCACGUGUCCAGACACAUAAAGUUUUGCGUUUCAUUAAUCUCCGCGUGAUGGCUUCUAUCGUUUGGUGGGUGAUUGGGCUUUGAUAUUGGUAAGUUUCUGGCCCAAUUAAAGAGACGUGACUCUCUGAAAUCGAAAAACGAAGAAGGUCUUCUCUCCUCUUCAUGUGACGGCAACCGAUGCCUUUUGCGAUUCUUAUCACCAUUUUGAACGGCCUGCGUAAAAGCUUCGUGAUUAACCACAUUGAUUCGCUCGCCCACUACGUCGUCAUCAAUGCUUCGUUUUGAUCUCAUAAGCAGUGAUUUCUGUAUAAAUAUGUGUGAGUAGUCCUCUCCUUGAUCUCAUCUUAUCUUCGUUAAGCUUAUAUUCCAUACGUUUUGCUCUUUAUACACGUUAGAACGAGGAUUAUGCGUCUCUGAGUCAAUAAUCUCUUUCGAUUUUAUGUGUUUGAUCCUUGAAAAUUUUCUAGGCUUCUCAGAUCUUCAGCUUUCUUUAUUUCUCCUCUGUAGAAGAGAAAGCGGAUAUCCACUUCAUUCAUUCAUUCAGACAGAGAAUAAGAACAAGACACACCGAAGCCAAACUAUCGUAACGAAGAUGGCCGUCGAAAAACUGAACACGACCGUGGACGGCGUCGAGAUACUGAAGCCGCGUACGGACAACAGAGAAUACAGGAAGAUUGUCCUCAAGAACUCUCUCCAAGUCCUCUUGAUCAGCGAUCCCGAUACAGAUAAGUGUGCUGCUUCAAUGAGCGUUAGUAUCAGAUCUUUCUCUGACCCACAAGGAUUAGAAGGCUUAGCUCACUUGCCAGCGACCGUGAAUGUAGCCAGCUCUCCACAUUCAGGCACCGUCUCAAGGCUGGUUCAAUGUUCACACUCAGCGAAUUUGAUGUGGUUCGGUCCAAUCAGAACUUCAGGCUGUUUGACUCUCUUCUGACUAUUCUGUUCAGUUACUCAGCCAAAUUUGAUGCCUUUACGGAACCGGUUUCUCCAAUUCUGGUUGAGCGUUUCAGGUUCCGCGAUCUCGAUUCUCUGCUUGGCCUAGCCAACACCAACACACACCUUCCAUGUGUAUCCUCUUAUAACCUUUCUUCCUAACUUUGUUACCGUAAGUUGCAACGUAUACUCCCUUCUGAUCCUUACUUAGUAUACAAAUAAUGGUAUAUGUUUCUGUUCAAGCAGGAUGGUGACGAUAAUGAUAGAGAUGACAUGCAUGGGACCAUCUCAGUCCUUACUAAGGUUGGUGUUUGUUUUAAUGACCAUGAGGAAUCAUCACCCGCAAGAACAACUGCAAGUGAUCUUGCCACCAAGAAGCUUCGGGUAUUAGCAACUCCGAAGGUGGUUAAGAAGGCACGAAAUGCGUAUCUGGAGUCAGUAUUUUCUAUUUGAAUAAUGCUUAGGCAUUAAUGUUUUUUUUUUAAUUUUGUCAUCUUCUGGAAAUUGCUAUGUUUCCUAAACUAUCAUUGAAAUUGUUUUUUUUUUACGUUUUGACAAAAUUUACACAUUUCAUUAAGCUGCUGAAGAUAGGUAUACUGCUCAGCGCAUAAUUUCCCGAUCCAAACAAAUACUGUUCAUGUAAAUAAUGAUAAGAUUUGAUGUAAUACAUGUAUGGUGUUUAAUUGUA